AAUGAAUAAAAAAUUGAACAUAAAAGAAAAUUGUGAGAGCAAGUAAAGCACAAUGUGUAGAAUUAUGUCCAGUGUGUACCAAAGAGUAGUACUACUGAAGGAAACAAAUUUUGUUUCUCUUUUUUUGAACCACAUAUACCUACCAUAUUUGUGAUAAAAAUUGGUACACUUGAAAGCUUUCCUGUUCAAUAUCAUAUAAGUUCAGGAGUCAAUGGAAUCAAUAAAACUAAUACAGUUCAAUCAGGAUCAAUCAAUACUGAACGGUAUCGAUAUAUUCCAGGCAAUAAUGAGAGUAGACUUGAAGAUUCUCAACCACUUAUAGUAAACAUGACAAUAGAUUUUUUUAACAGCAGGAAUAUAAAUGACUUCACUGGAAUUGAAAUUAAAACAAUAAAUAGUUCACAUACAAUAUCAGUCACCUGUUUCAGUAGGAGUAUAGGUAGUUACUACUAUACUGCAGUGCCAGUGCAUGAUAGUUUUGUAGCAGUUCCUCUAUUUAAUGUGGGAUCAAUUACUCAACAGUAUAACUACUCUAUUUUUAAUGAUUAUGUUGAUCAUUAUACUGAUUCACAAACAGUAGCAGCAAUUGUGGUUUGUGAUACAAUUGAAGCUGGAGGAGUAUCGCUUACUUAUUCUAACAAUUCAAUUCCUGGAGAUUACUUUGGGACUUAUGAUCAACAUGGAGUUCGUUCAUCACAAAUUAAGUUUGAAAAGUACUACACUCCUUCUAUUUCUUCUUUGCCACCUGGUACUGAUGUUUAUGCCAUUCAACCUAUUGGCUUCAUGAUUGGCCAUGCAUGUGUUUCUGGCUACACACGUUUCUGUGAUUAUCUCAUUGAACAAGUACCUCCAUCAUAUACUUGGGGAUACAACUUUUUGAUAGGGGCAUUUAGACCUGCCCUUAUAGAAUACGAAACUACAUUUGUAAAAUUUUUCCCUGGUAGAGAAAUUGGUACUAAUUUUAAAAUAUUUUGUGCUAAUAGUUCUUCGGUGACCAUAAAUGUACUAGUUCAAAAUUUCACAAAAACAGAUCAUAUGGUUUCAAGUAGGGGUAUUUUUAACAUUGGUUUUCAAAACUAUUGUACUGUACAGUCAAACAAACCUCUUGCUGUGAUGCUGUAUUUUAAAUAUGUUAAUUGGAUACGUGAUUCAAUUCCUGAUAUGGUAUGGAUACCACCUGUCAGUCAGUACCUAAAUAGGUAUUUAGUAGCAAUUGAUGCCAGCUAUGAUGCCAGUUUUUUUUCAUUUUACGAAGGUGUUUAUGUGACAGUUUUACCUCAUUGUUUUGAUGCUAGUGCUGUAUUAGAUAAUGGUAAUCCACUUGAGAGAAAUGCUAGUAAAUGGCAUACUUUUCACUGUGAUAACAUCACUGAUUCAUGUGGCUAUGGUAUUUCUGUUCGUAUGCAACAACUAGGAACUCGUUUGCUAGAGCAUACUGAUCCAAGCUGUUCAUUUGGUGCAAUCAUGUUUAACUGGAGAUUUCUUAAUAAAGGUUAUGCUUAUCCCGCUGGUUUUGGCAUGAGACCCAUUGGAGUAUCAUUUUACAGCAUUGAACCUCUUAACUCAUCAGCACAAGAGAGUGGUCUAGUAUCUGUUACUGUGUAUAGGUCUGGUGAUGUAUCUGAAGCUAGUUCAGUUCAAGUGGGAACAUUCAUGUCAUCAAAAUCUAAUGCAGCAAUGAUUGGAGAAGAUCUGAAGAAUCAAACAAAAACUAUAAAAUUUGCUGCCAAUGAAUUUUCAGCUACAGUUAAUUUUAGUUUUUUGAGUGACUCCAUUUCAGAAUUAGAUGAAGUGUUUUUAGUUGGUUUUCUGAAGAACCAGAACAUCAACAUUGGGACGCCAUCAGAAGUUGAACUAACUAUUCUUGGUGUAGACUCUAAUAUUGUAAAAUUUACUGCUGAUAAUUAUUGUGUGCACGAGGGCAAUGCUUCAGUUUAUGUGUGUGUAGAAAAGAAUAGAGAUACUGUCAAUAGUGUUAAUCUUGAGAUUACAGCUAUGGAAGACUCAAAACAAUCUGCUGCUGAAGAUAUAUUUGAUUUUGUUGCUGAAACAAAGACUAUUACCUUUCCUGGGUCAAGUACACAAGUUUGUGCUCAAUUUCAAAUAAUACAAGACCCCUUUAGUGACUUUAAAGAACCCAUUGAAACAUUCUAUGUCAACUUCACUGCUACAGGGGAUUUAGGUGGUGGUCAAAUGACGGCUACUGAUAAAUCUAUUGUAACAAUAUCUGAAAGUCUGCCAGAAAUUUUUGCUGAUAGUAUUUCAGGAGCUAAUAGUGUUUUUGCACCAGAAAGUCAAGAAAAUGUGACUGUUUGUGUUAACAGAACCUUCAAUUUUUCAUGCACUAGAAACGUUACUUUCAGAGCCAUGGACAGUGUAUUAAGUAUUAAUGCUAAAUCUGGUAGUGACUUUGUUGCAGAGAUUAUAGAGGUGCCAUUCACAUCGGAUGAUCUCAGAGUUUGUGCAACCUUCAUGAUAAUAAAUGAUGACAUUGUUGAAAAGAAUGAGUCAUUUCUUAUUAUUGUAAUAGCACCAGACCACAUACCAACAACAUUAAAAAUCAAAAUUACAAUCACUGAUGAAGAUGAUGCUGCUGUAAUAAGAUUUUCAAAUGAUGCAUACACUUUUCCUGAGAAUAUUGACAUGGAUGCUCAAGUCUGUGUAGAGACUACAAAAGUGCUUAGUGAUGACAUUAGUAUAAAUUUCAGAACAAGGUCUAGUGAUGUUAAUGGUGCUGCUACUGCUGUUUUAGAUUACAUUUCUAAAUUUGAAACCAAGACACUUAGAAAUGGAUCAAGAGCAGUUUGUUACAGUAUUGAAGUAAAGCCUGAUGUUACUAGAGAACCUACAGAAUUCUUUUAUGUCGAGUUUGAAGUUCUUAAUUUAGUUGAACUAAUGGACAACAACUACUAUGGUUUGUCAAGACUCAAUGUAUCAAACAGUGAACCAGCAGUUGUGUACAUUAUGGAUACAUCUGUAACAGGGUGUGAGUCAGUUUAUGCUGACUUGGUUUUUCUAAUUUCAGAAUCAUCGAGUAUGCAAAAAAAUCAGUUCACAAUGGUGAAGGACCUUGCUGGUGCAAUAUUAAAUCAAUUACCGAUUGGCAAAAAUACAACACAUGCUGGUAUAGUUAGGCUCAGUAAUUCAAACCGAACACAAGUUAUUUCUCCUCUUGGUAAUGUCACUGAUUUAAAACAGUUAAAACAAACCGUUAGAAAUAUUAGUAUAGAUGAUGAAGACAAUAGAGGUUUGGCGACUCAUCUAAAUUAUUCAAUGAAUUUAGCUCUGAAUGAAAUUAAAAAGAGAGGGAGACCAAAUUCAAGGAAAAUCAUUGUGAUAAUAACUGAUGGUCUUUAUUCACAUGAACCAUCACCUUAUGACUUAGCAAGAAUGGCUAGAUUGCUCAGCUAUGAUAUAUUUGUUGUUCAUUUUUUUACAAAUAGUUCACUUUCUGAUUGGGAAAAGCUAACUGGUUAUAAAGAACGAGUGCUGUUCUUAAAUACAUUUAAUAGUGAUCAGUCAGAAAGAGCAAAUUUAUUCAUAAGUCAGAUCUGCAAAAAUAUUA